AUGGCUUCUUUCAACCAGCAUCAGUGCAAGCAGACGCCCACGUUGCCCCCUGCUUUGUGCAAAACUGUUCCGGAGCCAUCACCAUGCCCACCAGAAGUGAAGGUGCCGCAGUGCCAUCAGGAGCAAAGCAAGCAGGCGGUUACGUGCCCUCCGGUGAUAUGCCCACAGCCAGCACCGUGUCCUCCGGUGGAGCAACCCUGCAAGGAGCCACCCGUAGUGGUCAUCCCGACUCCGUGUCCACGACCGACACCAUGUCCUCAGGAGAAGGCUCCAUGCAAGGAAGCACCAGGGGUGGUUGUCCCAACGCCAUGUCCAUGCCCGGAACCAACACCAUGUCCUGAAAAGAAGCUGCCAUGCAAAGAGCCACCCAUAGUGGUGGUCCCAACGCCAUGCCCACCCCAGGAGCCAGUUCCUUGCCCUCAGCAGAAGCAGCCAUGCAAGGAGCCUCCACAAGUAGUGAUCCCAACGCCAUGCCAAGAGCCAAAACCAUGUUCUCCUGUGCAGUCUCCAUGCAAGGAGCCACCAAUAGUGGUUGUCCCAACGCCAUGCCCAUCUCAGGAGUCAAUUCCUUGCCCUCAGCAGAAGCAGCCAUGCAAGGAGCCUCCACAAGUAGUGAUCCCAACUCCAUGCCAAGAGCCAAAACCAUGUUCUCCUGUGCAGUCUCCAUGCAAGGAGCCACCGGUAGUGGUUGUCCCGACUCCAUGCCCAUCUCAGGAGCCAAUUCCUUGCCCUCAGCAGAAGCAGCCAUGCAAGGAGCCUCCACAAGUGGUGAUCCCAACUCCAUGCCCAUGCGAAGAACCAACGCCAUGUCCUCCUGUGCAGUCUCCAUGCAAGGAGCCGCCCGUAGUGGUGAUCCCAACGCCAUGUCCAGGGAAACAAUCCCCAUGCGAGGAGCCCGCUCCGGUUCCAUGCCCCCAGCCUGCAGUGAAAUGCCCACCCCCCAGCGAUCAGCAACAGAGAAAGCAGCAAUACACUUGGCCACACCAGAGCAAGUAA